GUGAUACUGGAUAUAAUCGAUACUACAUAUUGUACUUUUACGAGAAGCAACAUUGUGAUUAUUAAUACCAUUGGUUGAUAUACUCACGUAUUAUAAUUGGCAAUGCUGCACUAAUUUAACGAAUUUGCAGUCUGGCAACAGUGCUUCAUCGAUGGCAGACUGCAAUGAGAAUUGAGGUUAUGUUAAAUUUGCGCGCUUUUUUUACACGUUUUUUCUUUUGUGCUUGUGCGGGAAUUAGUGCAUCUACACAAAAAAUAACGUGGAAUUUAAACUGCAAAAAGCAAGUUUGCUGGUCUGUGACGUGUGUUUGUGUAAGUAAACCUAUCUAAUCUUUUUAUUCUAAUUGUAAUUUAUACAGUAUAGUAUUACUAAUGGCUUAUGUUGGUGUUGAAUUUGACCAGGAAGAGAGAGGGUUUGUGGCCAUUGUAUCUGAUAAAUGGCUCACACCUUCGAAACAGCACACUUAUUGGCCAAAUUAUACAACCCAAUAUGAUUACGAUAAAUCGUUGCAUCGAGGCGAACUCCCUGUAAUAGAUAAAUGGCAACAUACUAAAUUGGCCCGAAUAUUUUUCGAAACGGAUGACUAUAAUACGGCACAAAGAAAAAUAAAAUUGGCGGAAGAACUAUCGGAUGUAGCCACAGACCACGAACAAACUACUACUAAUAAAAGCACCACCUCUGUAUGCGAGAAAAGUAAACGGAAACGUGUAGCCCCACGUAGGUUAUAUGAUGAUGUCGAUGAGAGUGACUGUAGCAUAGAAGAAGAAAAUAUUCUUCCAAAACCACCUCGAAUUUCAAUCGAAGGUAGAAACAAUUAUAAUUCGAACCAAAUUUUAGAUGCGAAUCCUGAAUCUCUGCCCUUACGUCGCUCUUCAUCUAAGACUUCUAAAUCCAUAGGGAGUGUGCAGUCCAAUUUAAGCCCCCAACACAGUUCAACCUUUUUGAGAGAUAAGGAACUAUCAACUCCGAGAUCCACCCUAUCAAGUCGAUCCUGUUCCUCUGCAUCGUCCACAAUUACAUUAAUAGAAGAACAACAAGGGUCUUCCUUCCAAUCUAAUCCAUCAACAGGUAAAAAACGAAGAGCACUGACCGAUGAAACAAUUAUCGAUUUGUUUUCUUGCAUUAAAGAGCAAAACAAACAAAUUCUAGCGUGGAUACAAAAGCAAAGCAACUCUUCAAGUGAAUCUCAAAUAAAUCAAAAUCAAGAUUUACCAUUUGUGUUGCCCAUAACGAAAAGUGCCGACUUAGCUACAACGGAAACUUGUAUUAAAGAAAAAGAAAUCUUUAAUCUUUUGGUAUCACAUUUAUCAAGACUAGGCGGGAAAGAUGUUACUUCUAAAACUAACAACAUGAUGAGGCAGCUACUGAGCAAUGACUUAGCAACAAAAUAUAGUUUUAUGGGUAGCAGACAGGAAAAAAGGCUUUUAACGAUUUACUUGUGAAAACGGCAGUAGUCCGUGCUGUACAGCGCUCAUGUACAAGUACAGUUGUAUCUGAUGAUCAAGUUCAUACUGCCAUCAAAAUUUGGUUGAAACAUGCGCCACAGCGGUUACAAGCAGAACUAAAGACCAAACAGAAGAAAGCUGGUUAAUCAAGAACGUUGGUAAAUAACUGUGUGUUUUUUUCUGUUACACAAAAUGUCUAAACGUAAAUACUAUAAAACUAAUGACCAUAUUGUGGGCAAAAGGCAGUUAUAUCGACGUAUAGCUGAAACUAAAAAUAAUUUUUACAAAAACAAUGAUAUUACUGUAUCUGGAACUGUGCAAUUAGAACAGGAGGAUAUUUCUAUUCAAUUAUCAGAUAACUUUAUAAAUUCGUCAAAUGUUUGCAACAAUUUAUCUUCUGAGAUACCUGAAAGUGUUGUACAGCAGUCAAGUGAUGAUUCUAGUUCAUAUGAGGAUCUGUUGGAGUAUGAUAUCUCUGAAGAUAUUAAUUUUCAAGUAAGUGAGGGCAAUGUAGAGGAAACACAAGCGGAUACUGAACCAACGCCGUCUUCUGGUGACCUAUUGGUUAAGAUCAGAAGAUGGGCUCUGCAUAAAAGUGUUCCAAAGUCCGCAGUAAAUGAUCUUCUAAAAAUAUUAAAACCUUAUCAUCCAGAAUUACCAACUGAUUUCAGAACGUUAUUAAAAACCCCUACUUCAUUUAAUACUAUAAUGUUGAACAAUGGAGAGUAUAUACAUAUCGGACUUCAAAAACACUUAGAAUAUUUUUUGAGUAAUUACAAUUUUACGGGUAGAUACUACAAUUGAUUUAAGUUUUAAUAUAGAUGGUUUGCCCUUGUUUAAAAGUGCAAAUACUUGUAUAUGGCCAAUAUUAGGCCUUAUUAAAUCUGUUAAAAGUAAUCCAUUUGCUAUUGGAAUAUUUUGUGGGCAAGGUAAACCAGAACCACUACAUUUAUAUCUAUCUGAGUUUAUUGACGAACUUCUAAAUUUGUUAAACGUUGGCUUGUACUUUAAAGAACAAACAUAUCAGGUCACAAUCAGAAGCUUUGUGUGUGAUAGCCCUGCUAGGGCCUAUCUAAAAUGUGUUAAGGGUCAUAGUGGUUACUCUUCCUGUGAUAAGUGCAUUGAAACGGGUAAAUACAUUCAAGGCCGUGUAGUUUUGAAAAAUAUAUCUGCACCAAGACGAACUGACGCAUCUUUCAUUGCACAACAGGAUGAAGAUCACCAUUUAGGUAUAUCCCCACUGCUUAAGUUAGGCAUUGGUUUAGUAACAGCUUUUCCCAAUGAUUAUAUGCACUGUGUGUGCUUGGGGGUUAUGAGAAAACUUCUUAAUACUUGGUUAGGACCAGACAAGGCAGUUAAACUUAAUGGUAAAAAAAUUAUUGACAUUUCUAAUUAUCUCACCAGUACUUCAUCAUGCAUACCACUAGAAAUUAAUCGUAAACCCCGUUCAUUAAGUGAUCUUCCAAGAUGGAAAGCAACAGAAUUUCGGACAUUCCUGUUGUAUGUGGGACCAGUUGCGCUUCAUAGGGUAAUUAAUAGUGCCAUUUAUGAGCAUUUCUUAUUACUCCAUAGUAGUAUAACAAUUCUAAUCUCAGAAAAGUUUAUAUCCAAAUUUAUGAAUUUAGCUAGAACAUUUAUUAACACGUUUGUGAAACACAGUGAACAUAUUUAUGGUGAACAGUUUAUUAUAUACAAUGUACACAUGCUUUGCCAUCUUUGUGAUGAUGUAACACUCUAUGGAGUAUUAGAUAGUUUCUCUGCAUUUUGCUUUGAAAAUUAUUUAGGUCAACUGAAGCGACUUAUUAAAAAACCUUCAAAACCAUUACAGCAAUUAUGUAGAAGACUAGGGGAAUUGCACCAGAAUGCAGACAGUUUUAUAACUAGCGCUGCACAAACAUCUUUGUUUUUGGCACACGUUAUGGGUCCAUUAAUACCAAAAUAUAAUUUUAUUCAAGUUAGUCAAUUUAAAAAAGUAAUUUAUGAUGAUCUAACUUUAAUUAUUCAUAGUUACUCUGUAGCUAAUUCCUACUGUCUUGUUGAAGAUAAUGAAAAAAUUAAAGUUGUUGAAGUACAAAACAUUCUGUCUUCUUCAGUGGGAGUUGAAAUAAUUGGAAAACAGUUCCAUAAAUUUAAGUCAUUUUAUAGUUAUCCCUUUGAUUCUCAAAACUUACAUAUAUAUAGAGUCUUUUCUUUUUCAACUGAACUUUAUAGUUGGCCAUUGCAAAAUGUUAUUGCUAAAUGCAUAGCUCUGCCUUAUUUGAACAACGAAAAAGUAAUUUUUCCUUUGCUUCAUACAGUAUAACUGCCUUUUGCUUACAGUUUUUGUGUUAAUAUGUUGUAUAUAUUUAAGAAUUAUGUAAUUAUUUUACUCAUUAAACAUGUUUAAGUAC